GUUAUCAUUUUUUGUUUCUUAGAAUGGAGCCACCUCAUGAUAUGUUCUUGGGAGGUGAAGAGGAAUGCCACAGCAGUGAAUCUGGAUGGACUAUGUAUAUUGGAUCUCCAGUAAGUGAUGAUGAUGAUGAUUGUUAUCAAGUGACUCAUCAAAUUCAAGGUGAUGCUGGAAUUGAAAGUGAUGAUUCUAUGGUUUCUGAUGCUUCUUCUGGACCAACUCAUUGUGGUGUUAAUGUUAAUAAUCCUUUGAGACAUUUCAAGAAAAAAGUGGAACAGGAUGCAUAUGAUGAUUAUGAUGAUGAUGAUGAGGUUCAUGAGUACUUUUGCUAUGAUUAUCACAAGAAAGAAAAUCAAAGUGAAGAGAAAAAGGAGGAAAAGAAACAGAAGGUUUCAGUUCAAGGUGGUGGAAGGGUUAAGGUUAAUGGCUUGGAACUGGAAAUUGGCAUUAGCUUGUUCUUGCUUCAGGGUCGAUGUUGCUAUUAUACUAUAAGUCCAGGGAUACAUGCUGUUUUACAGUCUACUUACAAAUAUUCAAGGGCUAUGGUUGAUUUGCUGCUACUAUGCAUGUUGGUCCGUCAUGAAAGUUUUGCAGGUUUGAGGUUUUGGCCAGGUGACAUGGUGGUUUUGGUUGGUCUUGGCAUGACUUCCAGGAUAGCACCGACAAAGACAGUUGCAGCAUACAACAAUAUGACAAUUUCUGCCACAUAA